AUGAAUCACUCCGUAGUGUCUGAGUUUGUGCUUCUGGGGCUCACGAGUUCAUGGGAGAUGCAGCUUCUGCUUUUUGUCUUCUCCUUGCUGUUCUACUUUGCAAGCGUCGCCGGCAACCUGGUCGUUGUGGUCACUGUAACCUUAGAUGAUGCUCAUCUGCAUUCCCCCAUGUAUUUUUUUCUGGCUAACCUCUCAGUCAUUGACAUCAUAUUUGGCUCAAUUACAGCUCCUAAGAUGAUUUCUAGCAUUUUCAAGAAACACAAAACCAUCUCAUUUGAGGGCUGUAUUGCCCAGAUCUUCUUCAACCACGCAGUUGGGGGCACAGAGAUGGUGCUGCUCAUGGCCAUGGCCUUUGAUCGGUACCUGGCCAUCUGCCGGCCCCUGCACUACCUGACCAUCAUGAGCCCGCGCGCGUGCCUGUGCCUUUUACUCACUUCCUGGGCCAUCGGCCUCAUCCACUCGUGGGUCCAAUUAGCAUUUGUGGUAGAGUUGCCUUUCUGUGGCCCUAAUGUACUGGGCAGCUUCUACUGUGACCUUCCUCGACUCCUCAGACUGGCCUGCACAGACACGCGAGACCUUGAGCUCAUGGUCACCAUCAACAGUGGGCUCCUCUCUGUAGGUUCCUUUGUCCUGCUGGUCAUCUCCUAUGCCUUUAUUCUGUUCACUGUCUGGAAAGGGGCUUCCAGGGCUUUGUCUAAGGCCCUCUCUACUCUGUCAGCUCAUGUCACAGUUGUCGUCUUGUUCUUCGGGCCCUUGAUGUUUUUCUACACAUGGCCCUCUCCCACAUCACACCUGGAUAAGUAUCUUGCUAUUUUUGAUGCAUUUAUCACUCCUGUUUUGAAUCCUGUCAUUUAUACAUUCAGGAACAAAGACAUGAAAAUGGCAAUGAAGAGGCUUAACAAAGAAUUGUUAUGUCACAGAGAAAUAUGA